GUCAGUCGUGGGCAAGCACAAUGAGCUGCGAGGUGCACUACGAUGCUGCGUCGCGGACCUGGUUCGGCCCGCGGGGCAAGGACUUCUACGGUCCGGAGAUGACCCUGGGCGAGGUGAUCAUGCGCGUGCUCCAGAUCAACGCCGAUCAGGUGAUGCAGCACUGCGAUCCCACGGGUCAGGAGCUCACCGGAGGACAGCUGGCUCAGCAGAGUGCCCGCAUAGCGCAGGCCUUCAAGAGGUUGGGAUUACGGAGGGGCGAUGUCAUUGGCAUCUCGGCGAACAACUCCACCUACCUCACCAGCGUGGUGAUCGCUGCCCUGCUCCGGGGUAUCCCCAUCAACCCACUGCAUCCGGAGUUUACAGACGAGACUGUCAAGUACAUGUAUGACAUUACCGAGCCCAAGGUAAUCUUUUGCGAUGUGGAGAACUAUUCCGUAAUUAAGUCGGUUAAUGAGAGAUUAAUCAGUCCCGCCAGGAUUUAUCUUGUGAAUGGACAAAUUGAUGGGGUGUCAGAUAUCUACGAGCUGCUCAAUGAAGAUGAGCGCAUUACGGCUGCUGCGUAUGUACCCUGUCCCAAACUGCACGGCGAUCACACGGCAUUUAUUGUGUGUUCCUCGGGAACUACGGGGAUGCCAAAGGGCGUGACCCGAUCGCAUCGCAGCCUACUGGGUAAUUGCAAAAACCCGAACACCUACACCAGAGAUAGUGUGCUGCUGUCGUUCAGUCCGCUCUACUGGAUAUCGGGCACCAUUAUUCUGCUGGCCUCCCUCCUCAACGGCUGUCGCCGGAUCAUAACCAACCGGCCCUAUAGCGUGGAGUACCUCCUCCAGCUGGUGGCGAGUCACAAGGUGACCUUCCUGUUCCUGGCCUCCCACCAGAUUGCCCUGCUCUCGAAGUGUGACAGUGACGUGAUGGAACUGAAGGCCCAGCUUCAAUCCAUUCGGGUUCUGAUUGGCGCUGGCUCCAAGGUGUGUAAGGCGGUGUCUCGCAGAAUGUACGAGUUGAUAGGCAGCCAGAGGUUCAUAGUGGGCUACGGACUCUCUGAGAUGGGGGGCCUGAGCAAAAAUGUGGGAGGCCCAGUGGGCUGCGAGGGCAAGGUGAUGAGGAACGUGGAACUGCGAGUUCUGGACAAACUGAAGAUGCCACUGGGCAUUAACGAGGUGGGCAUCGUCUACGCCCGAUUGCGAUACAAGUGGGAGGGCUAUUACCGAAAUCCGGAGGCCACCAGGAGAGCCCUCAGCUCGGAUGGCAUGUGGUUUCGCACCGGGGACAUUGGCUACCUGGACAGCGAGGGCCACCUGUACAUCCAGACACGUGACACCGAUGUCUUCAAGUUCAACAACUUCCAGAUCUACCCCGAACAGAUCGAGGAGUUCAUCCUGAGGUUGCCGGGCGUGAGUGAGGCCUGUGUCUUUGGGAUUCCCGACGAGGUGACCACCAAUCUCACUGCCUGCGCCGUGGUCCGAACUAAAAGUCCGGAGGGUGACCGACUGACCGGGGAUCACAUCCGGAGUAUAGUAGAGCGGCACUUAAGCGGAGCCUACCACAUUCGAGGAGGUGUGUACUUCAUCGACAGUCUGCCAAAAACACCCAAUGACAAGCUGCAGAGGCGAAAGGUUCUGAGUCUCCUUCAACAGCUCCAAAUUGAGGCCCAAUAAAAAAUAUUUUUAACAUCUUUUCAAGUA